ACGUUUAGUUGCCUUUGGCUUUGUGUAUUUGUUGUCAUGUCGACAUUAGGCACGCUUAGUUACUAUACUCAUCUUCCCCGCGACCAAGGGGAUAUUAUGGCACACACAUACUCAAGCGGACCAGGGCUGGAACAGGCGAGCCAGCCGAUGCUAACUGAAUAUGGCGGUCAGGAAUCGUGCCCUUUGCAGACAAAAUCUUCUAUUUUCAGUGCGUCUUGGAGUCCCAUUUCUGCUCAUCAGCCUCCGAGCAGCGCAUCUAUAACACACCAGCCCUAUUUACACCACCAUUGUCCAACAGGAGAUACCGAUGGGAUGUUUAUGCGUUCCUGGGCGUUGGAACCGGUUUCUACGUCGAUAUGUUUAACGGGAUUAUCGUCAAAUAUGAACUAUGAUAUCAAACCCGAGCCGCUGAUAGGAAAUGGGGACUGCACAACGCUGGAAACGCACACACCUCUUGUGUCCGACAUUGACAACGGACCUUUCCGCGCAGAGAAGGAUACGAUUGCGUGUGAUGCCAUUUUCUCCAAACCCAACGAAGAGAGCAGCACAUCAACCGUAGAGGAAAAGAGGGAGAUCAACACAAAUGACCCAUCCUCCAACUGGCUUCAUGCAAAAUCCACCAGAAAAAAGCGCUGUCCAUACUCUAAGUAUCAGAUUCUCGAACUGGAGAAGGAGUUUCUGUUUAACAUGUAUCUCCCCCGCGACCGUAGAUACGAAGUAGCAAGAGUUCUUAAUCUGACUGAGAGACAAAUUAAAAUCUGGUUUCAGAACCGCCGGAUGAAGAUGAAGAAAGGGAAUAAGGACCGUCGAAAGACAUGUUAAAAAGGUGAGCCGUGCGGGCCCUGUAGACCCGUAGAAUAAACUGUGAAUAGUUACAAUUGGUGGACUUUCAGGAAACGAAGAUAUUUCUGGA